UAUUAUUUUUAGAUAACUUUAACAAGGCAUGGCAUAAAAAAGUAAAAGAAAAAUAUUCUUCAACGGACACAAAUGAUGAUUCAUCAAAAAAUAAAAAAAAAAGACUUCUUAUGUGUCCUUCUGAUGAUACUGAUGAUGAUGACAAUGAUGAUGAUAAUGGUAUCAAUUUUAACAUAUUGCCAUAUAAACAAGUAGUAAGUACUCCAUCAGUUGCCCUGGAACCAAUUAAUUAUGGAGCUUCUACCUCAUCUAUAAUUAGUCAAUUCUAUGCAGAAAAUAAUUUGAACGUAGAAGAAACUAAGCAAUAUACCGAAAUGCAGCCAAAAACAGUUCAACAACUAGAAUAUCCCCAAAAUCAUUCAUUCGCUGAGGAUACAAGUUGUUUUAUUCCUGUAUCACACGAUUCACCUUUAAAUUUCAAUGGAAAUGAUAGAUCCUCAUCUCAAGUUGAUGAAAAAUUAAAUAAAAUAAUUUCGGAGCAAAUAGGAAUCAAAUUUUUGUUGAAUCGCAUCUUGUCUAAACUAGAAACUAACUCAUUAGGUAAUAAUAGUCAAAAAUCAAUCAAUUUGAAUGAAAGUUUUGUAUGCAAAUUUCCUAUGAAUGAUACUGAAGACUUUGCAUCAGUCCAAAACUGUAUAUUAAAUGAAUUUGAUUUCAAAUCUAAACUGGAAUAUUUUAUCAAAACUAUUGGUGGAAACACUCCUAAAAACCAUGUUAACAGAGUUAUGUCUAAACUGUUUACCGAUAAGUAUGGUAUUGAGUGUACCUGGACAGGCCGUGGCAAAAACAUUAGUACUAAAAUUGGAGACUCAGAUCUCAUAAAGAUAAUGAAAAAGUCUAUACAAGAAAGCUGUACUAACACUUCCAUCACUGAUGCUGAAUUUGAAAGGGUGGUAUCAGAAUGGUUGAGACACGCAAACACCAGAUGUAGUAGACAAAAAAUUUAAUAAUAAAUUAAAAAUGCUUCAGUUUGUUAAAAUUUGAUGUUUCAAUAAAAUUAAUUUUGUAUGAAUUAGAGUACAAAAGUACA